UAGUCAGUAUCUGUUUGUGUUUUUGUCCUGUGUGUUUCUGGGUAGUACAGUAUUGACCCUGUUUUUCACCUCUUAGAGUGAACGGUGAAGUACUCAGUCCUUCAAUCAGACCUGAGGGAGGCAGACUGGUGUUUUUAAAGAUGGGCUCUGAACUGAACGGCCUGUAUGUAUGUGAGGCAUCAAACCAGUAUGGCCAAAUUACUGGGACCCUCUUUGUGUACACAGCAGGUGUUUCCCGGGGCUACUAUGCAGGUCUUCUUGCAGGGAUAUUGGUCUUAUUGUGUCUCCUGGGCUUCUGUACCUGGAAUACACUGUUCCUGCAGAGAAAUUCUAGAGGAUCAAGUUUUCUGCAGGCACAUCGUGAUCCACUGGAUGUGGAAGAGCAGGAAGUGGGCAUGCAGGAUGUGGAGCUGCAGGAAAUGGGCAUGCAGGAUGUGGAAGAGCAGGAAGUGAGCAUGCAGGAUGUGGAAGAGCAGGAUGUGGAGCUGCAGGAAGUGGGCAUGCAAGAUGUGGAGCUGCAGGAAGUGGGCAUGCAGGAUGUGGAGCUGCAGGAAGUGGGCAUGCAGGAUGUGGAGCUGCAGGAAGUGGGCAUGCAGGAUGUGGAGCUGCAGGAAGUGGGCAUGCAGGAUGUGGAGCUGCAGGAAGUGGGCAUGCAGGAUGUGAAAGAGCAAGAACUGGGCAUUCAGGAGGUGGAACUGCAGGCAACUGGCUUGCAGGAUGUGGACACGCAGGAUGUGAACAUGCUUUUAGUGAAACAGCGGGGCGUGGACACGCAGGAAGUGGAAGAAAAGGAAGUGGGCAUGCAAGAAAUGGAACAGUUGGUAAUGGAACAAAAGGAAGUAUGACAGCAGGAAUCACAAGUACAAACAUUUAUGGAAAGAACUUACCUGUAGCUGGGACUGCAUUGUCUUGGCUGUGUGCUGCUUUGCCUUGUCACCACUGUAUGCUGGUAUUGGACAGUUAGUGAGCAGUGCCUGUUAUGUUUGCUGCUUAAACCAAAAAAUCCUUAAAGUACUUUUUGCCAAACUCGAGCGAGCAAUCGCUUGCCUUUUACUGAGGAGUAACUUUGCGAUACAACACUGAAAUGCCAAACUGACUUUCUGUUACAUACGGGACAUCCAGCAGAUGUUUUGUUUCAUUUGAAGAGCCAUAUCCAAGGCAGAGGAGGAGAAUGAAGAGACCUUAGAGGAAAAGGGUAAGCAAAUGGUACAACUUCAGUCUGUUGAGGGAUUGUCUAGGGCUGACUCAGGAGAGAUGCGUAAGUUUAUUAAGAUCAUCUAUUACCAUCAGCACUGUGACAGCAAAGCUGCUGUCUGGCCUCAAGGUCUCAUGGCAAUAUCUGUUUUCUCUGAAGGUGAUUUCCUCUCUUUUCCAGUCACUUACUGUCAUCCCUUUCUUUCUAAAAAUCGUGGAAACUUUAAAGUGCAAGGGAAAGGGAUUGUAAAAAGUCCAUCUGGACUUAAACUGAGUUCUGAAUUCACCACACAUAAGCUAGGAUUUUUGUGUAACUUUUUAGGUUGACAUUUCCCAAAAUACAAUUCCAGUUGUUAUUCUGAAGGUUCUGCUUUGCAUGUGCGAAAGGUGCAUCUUCUCAAAUGAUCAAGUUUGCUGUGUUGCUUGAGAAGGGAAAACUCUUCUGAAACUGUUCACAUGUAGCUUUUUUUCUGGUCCCCAAACUUGUCAAAAUACUGUCACACUUCAGAAGGCAUUUUAUAGCCAGUGUGCAUCAACACUCCCUCCUACUGGUGCAUAUGGGCGUGUCUGUUAAGCAAAACCAAGACUGGAGCUUUCAGAUAAUGGGCUGCUACUAUCAAUCACAGUGUGGUUUGGAGCAACCACUAAACAGGACCAAGGGAGACUGCAGCGAACAGUGAGGGCAGCAGAAAAAAUCAUCGGUGUCCCCCUGCCCUCCAUCCAGGACUAGGAAACGGGCAGAUAAAAUCAUUGCAGAUCCGUCACACCCUGGACACAAUCUUUUCCAGCUCCUCCCCUCUGGCAGGCGCUAAACAACUCACAGCUUCUUCCCUCAGGCCAUCACCCUCAUAAACAACUAAGCUGUGUCACCUGUAAAUUUCCCCUCCUUAAACUCUGUUUGCAUUCAACCUCGCACCUUAUACUUUGUACAGUGUUACUCACGUAUGUAUAUUUCAAAUUUUAUAGUGUAUAGUCUUGUAUAGUGUCAUUUAUUGUCUGUGUACUAGGGAGUCUCUAGCAGCCGGAACCAAAUUCCUUGUGUGCCCCAGCACACUUGGCAAAUAAAGCUGAUUCUGAUACUUAUCAAAGACAAUAAAUAUUACUUAUCAAUUUCACGUGACUCGUUAAUCGUCCGUCAGUAAUUGGUCACAGUCCUACACCCAUGUAGAACAUUGUUGGGGUUUAGUAGUCAGUAUCUGUUUGUUUUUGGCCUGUGUGUUUCUGGGUAGUAUAGUACUGAUCCUGUUAGUCCUGUCUUAGAGUGAACGGGUAAGUACUCAGUCCUUUACUCAGACCGGAGGGAGGCAGACUGAUAUUUUUAAAGAUGGGCUCUGAACUGAACAGCCUGUACAUAUGCGAGGCAUCAAAGCAGUCAAAUAACUGGGACCAUCUUUAUGUAUUUAGGUAAGGAUCAUUGCAAGGUACAUUUAAACUAUACUACUAGUAAUAAUAAUAAUAAAAUGAUGCUUUCCAAACUACUGCGCUGAUUUUAGGACACAAUAGGAUCCCUGUAGGGGAUUUGAAAUAGCAGGAAAAACUUUUUUUCAGGUAUUUCCCGUGGCUACAACAGAGGUCGUCUUGCAGUGAUUUUUGUCUUAUUUUGUCUCUUGAGCUUCUGUACAUGGAAGACAGUCUUCCAGCAAAGGUAACAUCAUUUAUUCAGUUGAGAUGAGAACGCAUGAAUUUGCACAAAGGACAUCUUUGCUAAUUGGCCUUUGUGUUUCUGUAGGAAUUCAAGAGGGUCAGAUUCACUGCAGGUACAUGUGAGCUAAAUGAAAUGAUCGGCUUUGAUGCAUCACAUGCAGGAAUUGGAACAGCUGGAAGAGAAGGACGGCUACUUUUCACCAGCCGUGUUCUGUUAGUACCUCUUAAAGGUGAUGUAACUGUUGGAGUAUGCCGUCUCCACUGGGUCCGUGGAUGAGAAGAGAUUCACAGCUGACCCAUGAAACAAGUAAAAUUAACGUGUGCAGUCCUGCUGCUCUUUAGUUGCGGGAGAGCGGUGUCACGUCCACAAAUGUAAGGAGCGACCCAAGUUGCAGGCUGCACAAGAAAACCCCCUUGCGGGUAAGUUUUACUGGAACACGCAACAAUGAACAGACAAGGAACACUGACCUGAGAGAUGCUUAUAUGUAAACUGGACUAAUGAGCAGAAAACACAAGGCCGAUGUGAAUGAUCAAGAGGAGGGCAGGAACAAGAGGUAAUGCUGACGGGUAAUAGGUGUGACUGAUGAGAAGCCACAUCCAAGGGAAAACACGGGGACGUGACAACCGGUCAGCGAUAUUAAUGUUCAAUAGGAUUAUUUGGUGCCGUUAUGUUUUUACUUUAUUAAAUACCGUUACAUUUGAAUCUGACAGAAAUUCUAAUAAUUUAAGACAACACUGUGUGCUGUACACGGGGCACAAUGAAAGGUACUUUAUAAGUUGGACGAAAAUACAGCUUGACUUGGAAGGAUAUGUCAGAAACGCUUUUGGGACGCACCUGCUAAGUUAUGUUUUUGGAACAUACAUUCUAAAUUAUCAGAUUUAUGGCAAUAUAUGCCGAUCUGUGUCACUGUAUAACAACACAUUGUAAACUAUAUAUAAUUUACGACACACGUUACGCAACGCCUGUUUCUAAGCGGUGUCAUCUAAUGUAAAAUAACACUCGAAAUAACCCUCUGAAUAUCCCAAGUUUUAACAGAUCGGAUCCGCAAUAGGUACUAAAAGGCAAGACAGAAAAAGCGUGUUGAUAUCGCCUGACGUCAAACUUCCAAAGGCGAUAUCAACACGCUUUUUAAACACGCUUCUUCUUUUUACAUUCUGGAUGUGAAAUGUCCACCUCUGACAGAGGAUGCGAUUUCCUAGACUCUGCACCUGGCCCUGACCCAUCUGGAGAAAAAGUCACCAUUGCUAAAACGCAGUUCAUCGACGUAAGCUCAGCAUUCAAGGCCAUCAUCCCCCAGCAAUCCAUCAGAAAGCUGAACCUGUGGGCUCAGCACCUCUCCCCGUGACUGGAUCCUGGAUUUGCUGACUGUAAGACCACUCAGUCUGGACUGGCAGCAAAACCUCCAGAUCUGUAGUGCAGAGGCAGCACCCUCUGGUGAUGUAAUAUCUUGGAGGUAAGAAUCACUCAGUGGAUGAGGCAGCCACGGUCUCGAGAAGUCCGUUUAUCAAAACAGCCUCUGGAACACCGCACCUACCACAUUUCCUUAUUUGAAAUAUAACAAUUACCUACCCUAGGUGGCGCUGCUAGCUCACCAUCUUUAAAGGUGCUACUAAAUAAAUUACAAUCUAUCCAUCCAUCACCGUAACCAACCAAAUAUAUUACAUUCCAACCAUCCCAACUAGGGUCGCGGGGGGGGACCGGAGCCUAUCCCGGGAACAAGGGGCGCAGGCGGAAACCAACACACCGCACACACUCACGGGGCCAAUUUAGAUUUACCAAUUAAUCUACCGCACACACUUUCAGUCUGUGGGAGGAAAUAGUAUAACAUGUAUAUAUCUAUUUUCCAUAACUCAACAAUCCCACAUUUUUUCCCAGUAGACGCACAGACCUACUCACAACAAUGACUAUCAAUUUUAACCUAACAACAUAUGUAAAACUUGUUUUUUUUCCUUAGGAAACAGUUCCAUGAAUAAUUCUUAUCUGCUUUCUGCCUUAAGUCUUUUAAUUAAUUAUUUUUUUCCAAUCAAAGGUCCAGCCGUUUUGGUGGUAAGCGAACCCGUUCCAGGUAGUGCCGCACUGGGGCUGGCGGUAUCGCCUGUCAUGACCUGCUCGUCCGAUCCUCCUGUGUGCCACGCCCCCCUCGUUUCCUCGUGUGAAACCCCGAUUGUAAUUAGCUGUUUCUUGUUGUUUCAUUCAGUCCUGUGUAUUUAGUCUGCCUUAGUCUGCCUACCCAAGUCCGGUCAUUGAAGUGUUGUGAAGUUUUCUCCGUGUUUAUGUGCUUUGCCUGCAAUAAACCCCGUUUUUGGA